CCGGCACCUUGCUCUGCUCUGCUCGAGCCGCCAUUCUCUCCCUUGACCUCUGUCCACCAUGCGUAGCUUCCUGGCGCUGCUGGGCUUCGCGCUGACCGUGGCCACGCUGCUGUACAUGGGGCAGGAGCCCGACCCGCCGGCGCGCGUGGCCGAGCUCAUCAGCGGCAUGCCCUCCAAGGACGGCUCGCGCUGCGACGUGGCCAACCUCGAGACGCUGCGUCACGCCGCCAUCGUCUACACGUGGGUGAACGGCACGGAGGCCUGCUACAACAAGCGCCGCCAGCGCGCGGGGCUGCCCGCCGGCGGCUCGUCGCGCGACAAGGAGAUGGGCGAGCUCAAGUACUCGCUGCGCUCGCUGCUCAAGUUCGCGCCGUGGCUCGAGGGCCCCAUCUACAUCGUCACGCCCGGCCAGAUCCCGGACUGGCUGGACACGUCCAACCCGCGCGUGCGUGUUGUGGACCAGGACGACCUGCUGCCCAAGGGUAAGGCCACGCUGCCGACUUUUGACACGAAUGUCAUUGAGCAGUACCUGCACAAGAUCCCGGGCCUCACGGACGUCUUCAUCCACAUGAACGACGACUAUUUAUUCAUCAAGCCCGUGACGCCCGACCGGUUCUUCACGUGCGACGGCGGCCUGCGGCUGCUCACGGAGAUCAACCACAUCCGCCACGUGCCGAGCCAGAAGUCGAACGCCUGGCUGGCCAGCGUGCGCAACACCGUCAUGCUCACGGACAAGACGUACGGCGGCGAGCACGUGUACAACUUCCUCAAGCACGCGCCGUUCGUCUACAGUCGUCUGGCCUUUGAGGAGAUCCACAAGAAGUUCGGCAAGGAGCUGGACGCCACGCUGCCCCACCAGAUGCGCCACCCGGACGACCUCAACAUGCCGCUGCUGCACCACAUCUACAUGCAGGAGGAAGGGUCCAAGAAGCUCGGCAUCCCCGUGGAGCUCAACCCGCUGAGCGAGUGCGACGACUGGCUGCUGGUGCGCAUCAAGGACAACAUCGAGGACUCGCUUAACAAGCAGUUCAACAUGGCGCUCGAGAACAAGGGCACCGAGGUCCUGCUUGCGCUCAACGACGAGUACACGAGUCCUCGCACGGCGGAGCUCGUCGGCCGCUUCUACUCGCAGCUGCUGCCGGAGCCUGCGUUCUUCGAGCUGCCGGCGGGCCAGCACGUGGAGGUGGUGAGCAACUGGCAGGGCCCCGAUUGCGCGUACGACCCGAAUGUGAUCCCGCUGCCGGAGCCCGACUUCAUGUCGCUGCGUAUGGCCGAGGAAGGAGCGGACUGGGCUCCGGCCCCGACGCUCACUCGGUUCCGCUCCCCCAACGAGCGCGCCUUCGCCGAAAUGACGUCGUCGUUCGGGUGGAACUUGGCCAUUAACGUUGGCUACGGCUUUGGGCUCGUCAUCGCGGCCAUCAUCUCCGUCUACAUUUUCCGGAUCUCAAGCAAGGGCACGCCUGGGCUGCACUCUACCAAGCAGACCUAA